UCUCCAUGGCGACUCACCACCUCAGCUUGCCGGCAUCCCAGCCUCUGCCAGGGAUUUGGAGCUGGGCUCCCUCCCUCCUCUGAAGCCUUGUACCCGCAGCCCUGUCUCCUCCCCCUCGGGUGAGUCCAGCGGCAGCAUCCUCUUUCUGGACCAAUCGACUAACCCGCACUUUGAUUCUCCAGCUCUGACAGAGAGUCAGCUCCUUGGGGAGACCGUCCCCUGCCCCUCCUUCCACCUGCCACAGCUCAGCUAGCUCUUCAGGAAAGCCUAAUCUUACCUCCGGCUGAAGGUCUCAGGGGCCUCCUCGCUCCGUGGCAGACCCUCUCCCAUCUCAGCCUCCCAUGCCGAGGCCCACCUUGUCAGUCACUUCCUUCUGUCAUCGGCUGGGCAAACGGGAGAGAAAACGGAGCUUCAUGGGAAACAGCAGCAACAGUUGGGCCCUCCAUGGGGAGGGAGUAGCAGGCUGGACUGGCUUGGCUGUGGAGGGGUGGACCAGGACAAGCAGGUCCCGUGCACCAUUCCCCAAGUUGGAGCUGGGUCUGGGGCCCCGUGUGACUGCACCCCAGGAGCUGCCUACCUGCUCCAUCUGCCUGGAGAGGCUCCGUGAGCCCAUCUCACUGGCCUGUGGCCAUGACUUCUGCAUUCGGUGCUUCAGCACGCACCGAGUCCCCGGCUGCGAGCCACCAUGCUGCCCCGAGUGCCGGAAGAUCUGCAAGCAGAAGAAAGGCCUCCGCAGUCUGGGGGAGAAGAUGAGGCUCCUGCCGCAGCGGCCACUGCCCCCUGCACUGCAGGAGAGCUGUGCGGUGAGGGCAGAACCACUGCUGCUGGUGCGCAUCAAUGCCUCAGGGGGCCUCAUCCUCAGGAUGGGGGCUAUCAACCGCUGCCUGAAGCACCCCCUGGCCAGGGACACCCCUGUCUGCCUCCUUGCUGUCCUGGGGGAGCAGCACUCAGGGAAGUCCUCCCUCCUUGACCAUUUGCUCCGGGGCUUGCCAGGCCUGGAGCCUGGUGGUGAGGGCAGCUGGUCCAGAGGAGGAGAAGGGUCCCUGCAGGGGCUCAGAUGGGGUGCCAAUGGCCUCAGCAGGGGCAUAUGGAUGUGGAGCCACCCCUUCUUGCUAGGGAAAGAAGGGAAGAAGGUGGCUGUGUUCCUAGUGGAUGCUGGGGAUGCCAUGAGUCCUGAACUGAGCAGGGAAACAAGGAUCAAACUUUGUGCUCUCACCACGAUGCUGAGCUCCUACCAGAUCCUGAAUACCUCCCAGGAACUAAAGAACAUAGAUCUGGACUACCUGGAGAUGUUUGUCCAUGUGGCUGAGGUGAUGGGCAGGCAUUAUGGGAUGGUGCCAAUCCAGCAUCUGGACCUCUUAUUUCGUGACUCAUCCCACUCCAACAAGGCAGGGCAGGGUCACGUGGGUGACAUCCUCCAGAAGUUGUCAGGCAAGUAUCCCAAGGUCCAGGAACUCCUCCUGGGGAACCGAGCCCGCUGUUACCUCCUGCCAUCUCCAGGGAGGCGAUGGAUGAACAAAGGCCGAGGAAGCCCAGGUGACACAGAUGAUGAUUUCCGCCACCUUCUGCGGCCCUAUGUCUUGGAUGUGCUGAGUGCAGCCCCCCAACACGCCAAGAGCCGCUGCCAGGGUUACUGGAGUGAGGGGCGCACCAUGGCCAGGGGAGACAGACGCCUGCUCACUGGGCAGCAGCUAGCUCAGGAAAUCAAGAACCUCUCAGGCUGGAUGGGGAGGACAGGGCCUGGCUUCAGCUCUCCGGAUGAGAUGGCUGCUCAGCUGCAUGACUUGAGGAAAGUGGAAGUCGCCAAGAAGGAGUUUGAGGAGUAUGUGAGGCAGCAGGAUGUAGCCACCAAGCGCAUCUUCUCUGCACUCCGGGUCCUGCCAGACACCAUGCGGAACCUGCUGUCCUCCCAGAAGGAGACCAUCUUGGCCCGUCACGGAGUGGCUUUGCUGUGCAAGGAGCGUGAGCAGACUUUAGAAGCCCUGGAGGCUGAGCUGCAGGCCAAGGCCAAGGCCUUCAUGGACUCCUAUACUAUGCGCUUCUGUGGCCACCUGGCUGCAGUUGGGGGCGCCGUGGGAGCUGGGCUCAUGGGCCUGGCAGGGGGUGUCGUGGGUGCAGGCAUGGCUGCGGCCGCACUGGCAGCAGAGGCUGGGAUGGUGGCAGCAGGGGCAGCAGUGGGGGCCACGGGGGCUGCUGUGGUGGGGGGGGGUGUGGGUGCUGGGCUGGCUGCCACUGUGGGCUGCAUGGAGAAGGAAGAAGAUGAGAGGGUUCAAGGAGGAGACCGAGAGCCCCUUCUGCAGGAAGAGUGACCACCCAGGAAACAUUAAAGAGUGGGAGAGAUGUGAGGUCGGGGAGAAAGUAGAGGGUAGGGGUAGGAUAAUGACAGGGAUUUUUGAGGGGCCCACAUGUACCACACUGCCCCUGUUGAAUGUCCUGGACACUGGCCAAGCUGGGCACUGCAUACAGGAACCUGGGGAGGUUUUCUGCAGCCAGAAGGCAGCCAGUGAGUGGAGCAUAGGGUCUGUCUCUAGUUGUAGAUGAUUAUUGAUCUGCUGCUGUCCUGGUCCCAGAUAAAUUUGACCCCAGGGUUUCUGCUACGAGUGAGGCUCCAUCCUUUCUAGUUUAUUUCCCCAGAUGACCUUGGGUUGGAGCAGAGUUGAGCAGAUGCCAUCCUGCACGUCGACCCCGGGUCAACAGCCCUGUCAUUUCACAGAUGGUAGAGUCCUUGGGAUGGUUGACUUUGGUGUUCAAGAGUGAAGAGCACUGACAGGGCUGGGGAGGAGUGGAGGAAGGGACCCUGGGCUAAACCAGUGAGGCAAGUUAUGGCAGAUGGUGGCUGAAAACCCACAACAGAGACAUUUGCUCCCAGAUGCAUUCAUUCCAAAGCUACUCCUGCAGGACUAAGGUGGCUGCCUGCCCUCCCCUCUCAGCCUGGCAGCUGUGUGUGCAUCCUGAGUGGCCCUGUGCCCAGCUUGGGCUCAUGCCUUUUGUCCAAUCUGUUCGCAUAGAGGAGUGCCCAUAUUCUUUGUGGAACGCCCUCACCACGACAGACUAAAUGCCAAAGAAUCACACUUCGGUUGCAUUCUGAGCUAAACUAGUCUAUUCCAGAUUCUAUCAACGCUUCAAUAAAGGAAACCAAAGGGAACAGAUUAUAUCUUUAAACAUGAUGUUUCUCCCCAGAGCUUGUGAGAGACCACUCUGCUCUGUCUUAGAAGAUCUCUUAAUGCUGCUCCCCAAAUACCAGCUCCAUGGGGAAUCUGGGGGUGGGGAGCCUCUCUCUGGAAGAUGGAAAGUCCUACUAGGAAGACUUUUGGGCUAUUAAGGUGUAAAAUGUGCUGGGCACAUGACCUCUUAUUUUAUGAAAAAAUAAAACGUGUG